AUGUCUCGGCAGUCUGUCUGCAGAAGCUUUGGAGGAGGGAGCAGAAGGGGCUACAGCUCUUGCUCUGCCAUCGGUGGUGGCUUUGGAGGAGGCGGUGGCAGAACCAGGAUCAGUUACAGCUCAUACUCCUCGUCCAGGGGAGGUGGAGGAGGUGGACAGUGUGGAGGGUACAGCAGCAGAAGCCUCCAUAACAUGGGUGGCAGCAGAAGAAUUGCCAUAGGAGGAUGCUAUGGUGGUGGAGGCAGGAUGGGAGGCUUCAGUGGAGGCUAUGGAGGAGGAAUGGGAGGCUUUGGUGGAGGGAUGGGCUGCGGAGGGAUGGGUGGUGGAGGAAUGGGUGGCUUUGGUGGAGGAAUGGGUGGCUUUGGUGGUGGAAUGGGUGGUGGUGGAAUGGGUGGCUUUGGUGGCCCUGGCUUCCCUGGAGGCAUUCAGCCAGUGCAAGUUGACCCAACGCUCUUGAGGCCGGUCCAUGUGGAGAUCGACCCCCAGAUCCAGCAAGUGAAGAACAGUGAGAAGGAGCAGAUCAAGACCCUCAACAAUCAAUUUGCUUCCUUCAUUGAUAAGGUCCGCUUCCUGGAGCAACAGAACAAGGUCCUCUCCACCAAGUGGGAGCUCCUCCAGCAGCAAGGACCUACAGGGCCCAGGAAGAACCUCGAUGUCAUCUUUGAAAACUACAUCCAGAACCUGAGGAGGAGGCUGGAGAGUCUGCUGGGACAGAGGAGCCAGCUGGAGUCGGAGCUGCAGAGCAUGCGGCAGUACGUGGAGGAGUACAAGAGCAAGUACGAAGAGGAAAUCAACAGGCGCACGGCUGCCGAGAACGAGUUCGUGGUGCUGAAGAAGGAUGUGGACUGUGCCUACAUGACUAAAACAGAGCUGGAAGCCAAGGUGGGAGCCCUGACUGAUGAGAUCAGCUUCCUGAGGUGCAUCUAUGAGGAGGAGCUGGCUCAGAUGCAGACCAUCAGCAGGGACCUGUCUGUGGUGGUGUCCAUGGACAACAAUCGCCACCUGGACCUGGACAGCAUCAUCGAGGAGGUCAGGCGCCAGUACGAGCAGAUCGCCCAGAGCAGCAGAGCUGAGGCUGAGGCUUGGUACCAGAGCAGGUAUGAAGAGCUGCAGAGCACAGCUGGCAGGCAUGGGGACAGCCUCCGCAACACCAAGAUGGAGAUCCAGGAGCUGACCAGGAACGUCCAAAGGCUGAGAGCUGAGAUUGAGAACAUCAAGAAGCAGAACCACCAGCUGCAGUCAGCCAUUGCCGAGGCUGAGGAGCGGGGUGAGAUGGCCCUGAAGGACGCCAGGAGGAAGCUGGAGGAGCUGGAGUGUGCCCUGAGCAAAGACAAGGAGGAGCUGGCUCGGCUGCUGAAGGAGUACCAGGAGCUGCUGAAUGUCAAGAUUGCACUGGAUGUUGAGAUUGCCAUGUACAGGAAGCUGCUGGAGGGAGAGGAGAACAGGCUGUGCAACGAUGGAAUGUCCAACGUCAAUGUCUCCGUGAUGGGCAGGACCAGCAUCUCCGGAGGCAGAGGAGGCAUGGGAGGAGGCUUCGUCGGAGGCGGCAGCGGCAUGGGAGGAGGCUUUGGCGGAGGCAGCUGCGGCAUGGGAGGAGGCUUCGUGGGAGGCAGCUGCGGCAUGGGAGGAGGAGGAGGCAGCUUCGGAGGGGGCAGCCUGGGCGGCAGCUGCGGCAUGGGGGCAGCGCUGUGUGGUGGGGGCUUCUCGUCGGGCAGCGGCAGGGUCUGCGGCACCGGCGGGGGCACCUUCAGCUCCGGCGGGGGCUCGUCCUCCGUGCGCAGAUGUGUGACCACCACCUCGGUCAAGUCGUCCGGAGUGCGAUUCUGAGCCCCGCGGGCGGCGUGCGGCAGGAAAAGAAGCAGCU